AUGCUGGGCUAUCACAUGCCACCAAAGUUUGUCAUUGGUUUUGAAGUUUUACUUCUUUGUGCCAUCUACAGCCAUUUGGUCUUUAGCCCACCUGCUGUCCUGACUCUCUGUUCCUGUGCCCUUGCAAUGGCUUUGUGGAAGAUGGAAGACUUGCUGAAUGAGAUCCAGCAUUUGGAGACUUUGGAGAAAAGACCAAGAGGCAAGAACAUUUUUGCCACAAUGGUGAAUAGCUUGGAGGAAAAAUUGAAAUCCAUUCCCAACCUUGCACCCAGUGCUGUGGUCAAGCUGAUGGAUGCUACAGACAGCAGCACACUGACUGCUGAAACCAAGGACAAGCUGCUCAGUGUGCUGGACUGUUGCUCAGGACCUGCCAGCAAUGUCAGGCUGUCUGCAACACAGCAAAGCAUUGGCAACCUUGGUAUGUAUUUGACUGCCAGUGAUUGGGGAAAGCUGCAGAACACAAAUCUGACAAGAGAUGUUUUCCAAACCCUUGUGCAAAGGGUCAAGCAGAUUGGCAUGGUGUCAAUGAAGGAAGAUGUCAAAGCCCAAGCCCUUGGGUUGACACUGCACUGGAUGGAAUCCAAAGGCAUGCCACUGCCAGAUCCAUGGCCUCUGUACUACCUGGGCAGGGAUUUUUCCAAGCUGUUCAUGGGAAUGAGGGUCCAGUGCCAAGUUGGCUCCCUGGCAAGCUAUCCAGGCAACCCAAUGGACUUAGGUGAGGAAUGGAUUAGCAAGGCCUAUGGGACAAAUGAGGUGCCUUUGUGUCGCGAUGUUCCUUUGAGCAUGUACAUUGACAAGAUUCCUUUGAGGUCCACAAGCCAUCUUCUCAAAAAUGUCGCUCAGGCUUCCAAUGCCAAGAUUGCAGCUGUGGCAACACCCCAGCAGAGCAUUCAGCUCCCAGUGUCUGAACCAGAACAACAAACUGCCAAAAUUGAUGCUUUCCUCAGUGCCUUGAACAAGUUCACUGAAAAGUAUGGUGGUGAUGGACAAAGCAGCCAGCAGCAAGCUAGCCAGUCAUCACUGGCUGUGUCUGUUCCUGCUCUGAUGGAUGGCUCUGUGACUGGGUCUAGCUUGAAAGAUUUGGCCAAAACUGAUGAAAGCCAAGAGAAACAUGUUGGACCCACCAGCUUGGAAGAAUUUGAGCUCCAAGCAUUUGGGAAAUUGGCUGCCAAAGCCAAGGCUAAGAACAAAGGAAUGAAAAGGCCUGCAGCUGCUGCAAGUGCCACUGUGCCCAAUCAGAAGGCAGCCCCCAAGGCCAAAGGCAAAAAGGCAACCACUGUGGGAAGCAAAAAUGGGUGGAAGCCUGCUUGUGGAGUGUUUGGCUGCCUUAGGUCCAGCACUGUUUCCAAAAUGCAUGCUGGCAUUGGCCAAGUGAUGGCAUUGGUUUUGAAAUCUAUUUUCUUCAAUCCACUGUGCCCUGCUGAAGGAGGUGUAUUGCUGCCAUGCAAAGAUGAAGCUCCAUGGAGGUUGUAUGUGAAAUUGCAUGCGAUUCUCCAAGAUGGAAGUGGCCACAAAUACACCUACAAUGCCAAAGGUGACAGUGGCUGGAAAUACUGUUUAUUGUGCUCAGCUCAUGGCACAGUGGUGGCUGCAGACGAUGACUGUGAAGAAGGCCAAGAUGUGGUGGGCCACCAACUGAAAUUGUCACAGCUGCUGGUGCACAGUGACAAUGAAAUUCUGCAGUCCUUUGACAGGCAAACUUGGGAUGUGAAAUGGAAAGAUGACAAGUGGGUCUCCUUUCCUGCUUCUAUGAUUGAAACCUUUGAAGGCAAAUCCUAUUUGAGACUGAGGCCAACAUGUUACAGCUUGGUGUCAUUGCUGAGCAAAGGUACUGCCAGCAAGAAUGCUAGCUUUGCAACUAGCCCUGAACUGGCCAAGCUGGUGGCCAUGAGGAAUGAAGCUGCUGUGAAAAAGGCAUAUGGUCAAGCUGAUGCAGAGCAGGAACAUGAUGCUGCUGCUGAGAGUGGAGCUGGAUCUGAUGAGGACAAUGCACAGCCAGCUUCUAAAAAAAGAAAGGUUCCACCUGGAGACUACACAGUGGAAAUCAAUGUAGAUGAUACAUUGAUAGAAGUGCUUCUGCAAGGGAAACGACCUGCAAGAUCAGACCUUUUGGUCUGCAUGGAGCCUGACCAAUUGGACUGUGUUUUUGGCAAGCUUGCACUGGAUGUGGAAAAGAUCUGGAGUGACCAUUACUACACCAAUGUGCUGUUCAGUGGCUGGAUGUGGAGAAAUGGGAAGAGGAAAGAAGACACUGAAGUGGCUCUGCUGGCCAAGGCUCAGGAUCAAAAUGUGAAGGAUACAGUGGUGGUGAACCCUGAGCUGGACCCAAGUGACUUGGAAAGGCCCUCUUCUCCAACUGAAUGUGGUGAUAAUGAAGAGGGUGAUGAUGCAGCCACUGAAGCUCCAACAAUGUUUGGAAAUGAGACUGUGGUGGACCCCAAUGAGAUGGAGCAGAACUGGUACGCCUCAAGGAUGCAGGAGGUGGAGGAAGAGUGGGAGUGGGUGAAGGAGGAGAAGGUGCAGAAAAAUGUAGUGGAGGAGGUGAAAAAGUUAAUGAAGGAGGUGAAAAAGGAAAUGGAGGAGGAGAAAAAGGAAAUGGAUGAGGAGAAAAAGGAAAUGGAGGUAAAGAAAGUGGCACCAAGCAGAAAAAGAGUGACACCAGCAGCUCUGGCUCCCAGCAGCAAAGUGCCCAAGCUGGAGCCACUGCCACCUCCUCCUGGCCCUCCACCAAGUGGACCUAGCAGCUCAAGCACUGCUGCUAGCCCUGGUGCAAUGCCACCGCCACAAGUGCCAGCUGCAAAACACGGAGGUGGCUGGAUGAACAAAUGUGUGGCCUUGAGUCACCUGGUCCUCAAAGGGCAAGUGCUGCAAGCACAAGAACUGGUCAAGAAGUUUGAGAAGAGCCCUCACUUCAAGAACUGUCUGGUGCAGCAUGAGGGCUUGAUGAAGAGUGAGGGGGUUGACCCAAAACGGGACUACUUGAAGAAGUAG